AUGCAGUCUACCAAGAGACUUUGGGAAGAAAUAGUUGAGAGGCAUGGACAGACAAAUGCACCUCAACUGUUUGCUCUCAAGAAGGAACUUUCUGAGUUUCAACAGAACAAUCUGUCGGUAGGUGAAUACUAUUGUAAGUUGAAGGAGCUUUGGGAUCAGAUUACUGAGUUGGAAGAGAUUCCUGAAUGCGCAUGUGGUGCAAUGGCAAAAUGUGUAUGCAGUGUGAUGAAAAGAAUGGUGGAGAUUGAGAAUAACAACAGGUUGAUGAAAUUUCUGAUGAGUUUAAACACAGGAUAUGACCAAAUGAAAACAAACUUCUUGGGGAUGGACCCUUUGUUGCCAGUCAACAAGGUAUACAACUUGGUGCUCCAAGUUGAGAAACAGAAGCAGAUAACUGGUGAGAUAAGCCUUGGAAAUGAGAUGAGUGCAAUGGCUGCAAACAGACAACCCCAAAGCUUGGGACCUCUCCUGAAUUUCAACAAGAAGGAAUACAAGAAGAUGAGAAUAGAGAAGAUUGAAAAGGAUGCCAAAAGGUCUGAGCACUGUGGAAUGAAAGGUCACUUGAGGGAGGAAUGUUUCAAGCUUGUGGGAUACCCAGAAUGGUUCAAGAACAACCCCAAAGGAAAGGGAAGUAUGAGGCAAGCAGCAAAUGUCACAAAGAACUCAGAAAACUAUGCUGGUGAAGAACCACUGAGCUUUGUUGAACACAAGACUGAGAGCAGUGGUGAGAAACUCACAACUCUACUCCAAGAGAUGCUGAAGGCCAUGGGUGAGAAACAGAAUGCAUGA